AUGAACACAAAUUUACUGUCCGACUGUGGACCCUACAGGCAGCGACUAGGAAACUGCGCUUCUAGGAGCAAGCCACGGUCAGGUGAGAGCCCGACCUGCGGCUUUCCGCCCCCGCGCCACCGCGCACAGCCCUCCCUGACCGUCCGCCGCGUUCCAGCUCAGGGCCAGGAGGCGACGGAGAAACCGAGCCUGGCCCAGGGAGGCCGGCAGGGCCCGCCGGGCGUCUUGCAGGGCCGAGCGUCCGAUAUCGCCACAGAGGCCAGGGCCGCGACGUCGCCAGCGCCCUCCAGCGCGGACUGCCGGCCACCGCAGGCGCGUGCUCGCUCGCCUACUCCGCGUAGCCGAGCACCACCGAGCCUCUGGCGCCGACUCCAUGCCUAGCUCGGGAUCGAACCGGGCCCUGCACCCGCCCUACCUCCAUGACUUCCGGUGCCCCGCUGCGGCGCGCGUGAAUGACGCAGGCGCCUGCGCGCCCCUCCUCCAGGCGCCUUGGAGCCCUGGCAGGCCCUUCCCACCGUACGAGGCGCAGGUGGGAGACUUCCGCCCUCGCGGGAGCGGCUGGGGCGUUUGACCGCCGGCGGAGAAGGGGAGGCGGUGGGCGUCUUGGAGAACAGAGCGAGAUGGAGAAGCGAGGCCGAGGCGUGAAGUCGAGCCCCAUCCAGACCCCGAACCAGACCCCUCAGCAGGCUCCGGUGACGGCUAGGAAAGAGAGGAGGCCUAGCAUGUUCGAGAAGGAGGCAGUGAGUGCGGAGACUGCUAGGGGCCGAGACGGCUAUGUCCGACCCUUUAAUUGAAAUCGCUCCCCAGUGGGCCCCGCUCUCGUCACCACCUCCAGAAUCAAGGAGGCAGCAUUUCCCUUUUGUGUUUCUUUUUUCCCCAGAUGCGAAAUAGAAGCCUGAGACUGAGUUGGGCAGUCCCCUUUGGACUUGAGAGCUAAAGUUUUCUUGUUUUUUAAUUAGGGCCAUAGAACCCUACAUAAGUCGAUUGGAAGGGUGGUUACAAGAUCUUCUUUUCAGAUUUACUCAGCUUGCGGAUUUCCUGAGAGUAAUCUGAGUAUUACUGCUUUGUACUAAAACACAGUAUGUUAGUGUAUUUAGUGCCAUUAUAAGCAGUUUUGCUAGCGAAAAAUGAGUGUGUGUUGUAUUAAAAAAAUAAUUUGAUAAGCCAGACAGAAUAGUGCCAUGUUUUGGGUUUUUAAGACAUCAACAGUCUGGAUAUUUGAAGAAUGUACAGGAGAAAAAAACAAGUUGAAAAUAUUCUGUCCAAAAUUUAAUGAUGGAAAGGGUCAUUAUUCAGUUUUACUGGUGGUAUAACACAGGUAUUUCUAUAUGAUUAGGCUUUGAAAACCGUUAAUGUAUUAAAGACUCCAUAUUUUGCUGAUACUUUAACAGAAAAUUAGUUUGCCCAAGGAUACAAAGCUGUAAUGAUAGAGCUGGGACCGGAACCUGUAUGCUAGUACUCGGUCCACUUGGCCUGUACUGGUUUCUCUUCAUACUUACUUCGUGGACCUAUAAUAGGAUGAAGACAGAGAUGACAGGCAAAACCAUUUUUUGAAGACCCUAAAACAUUUUAAGAUUAUUCUCAAAAAGAGAAUUCUCAAAAUAAUUGCGAAAUUUCAGGUUCUUGUUUCCCUGGUGUCUACAUUUUACAGAGGAAAGAACGAACUAAAGGAGGAAAAGUAAACAGGCCAAGUUUACACAGCUAAGAAAAAGAGCAGAGCAGGGCUAGAAACCUAAAUCAGUUGGACUUAAAACUUGACACUCCCAAACACUAUGCUGUAUUACUUGGCAAUGAAUCUGAGUAACAGAUAGAUCACCAACAGUAAAGAAAAAUUUCUAUAUAUUGAGGCAGACAAGGGUGACUUUUAUAAACUUACUGCCUAUUUGAGGUCUGAAGUGGUCUUUAAAAUUCAAUGAGCCUGAACUCAAAAUGAGAUACAUAGGUGCACCUGGUAUAUAGGUUAAAAUCUGAGAGUGAGGGGACAUGGACCGAAGUAAUUAUUGCUUAUUUGAUAUGGAUGUGAUCAAUUAUAGCUAUCUUUAAAGUUGAUUAUUUUAGAGGUGAGAAAUUUGAAUAGAACAAUAAUUGGGAAGAAAUUGAGAAAGGACUCUACAAAUGUCCCGGAGAAAACUGUUCACUUAGUCAUUUCUAAUUUAAGGUAGCUGUUAAUUUCCCUAUUUUGGGGCAUAGGAAAAUUUAAGACAUACCGUUUAAUCAAUAUGACCAUCUCUUGAUUUUAUCUGUCUUGCCUCCAUUUCUUUUUUUCUAGUGGUAGCACCUCAGUUAACUUUUAGAGAAUUAACUCAUCUGCAAUUGUAUAGAGCUUUGGUGAGAUUGUCAGCUACUUUCCUUAACUUUUUAAUGAGGAUGAGACCCAAACUAAGCUAAUUAGAUGAAUUCUUUGAAAUAAUGCAAAGAAAAUGAUUGAGGUUUAUUCACAUUGAAGAUGAGAAGCUGAAGUGCUCCCUGUGUCUUUCUGAAUCUGGUUCAUCAGCCUUCUCUGCUGUUAUGUAAACUGUAUCUUUCCAAUAAAUUAUACUUUGGCUUAACAAGAA